GCAGCACUACUGAGAAUCGUUUUUACUGCCAUUCCUUUCUUUUUGGCUUUCUCCUCCAGGAAAAUAUUCUUUCUCCGGUGAGAAGAGAUUUUCCGGGGAAAAUUAGCAGAGCUUGGUUUUAGUUUCCGUUGAGAAAGAGGGUACAUAAGUGAUUACUUUUAUCUUCUCCGAUGGCGGGUGCGCCGGCAAGAGCUCGUUCAGACUAUGAUUACCUCAUCAAGCUCCUCCUCAUCGGCGAUAGCGGUGUGGGAAAAAGUUGCUUGUUACUGCGUUUCUCGGAUGAUACUUUCACCACAAGUUUCAUUACUACCAUUGGGAUCGAUUUCAAGAUAAGAACACUCGAAAUUGAUGGGAAGCGUAUCAAAUUGCAGAUAUGGGACACUGCUGGACAAGAACGUUUUAGAACUAUAACUACAGCAUAUUACAGAGGAGCAAUGGGUAUAUUACUCGUCUAUGAUGUAACAGAUGAGUCAUCCUUCAACAGUAUGUCUCUGGCUUUUCUUUUUGUGAGGAACAAUAUUGCAAGACACUUGUGGGAACUAAUACAUAUUGUUUCUACAGACAUUAGGAACUGGAUGAGGAACAUUGAACAACAUGCUUCAGAUAGUGUCAACAAGAUAUUGGUUGGUAACAAAGCCGAUAUGGACGAAAGCAAAAGGGCCGUCCCAACGUCAAGGGGACAAGCUCUGGCUGAUGAGUAUGGAAUCAAAUUCUUUGAGACGAGUGCAAAAACAAAGCUGAAUGUCGAGGAGGUUUUCACAUCUAUCGCGAAAGACAUUAAAAAAAGACUCACAGAAAGUGACACAAAAGCUGAGCCCCAAGGGAUCAAGAUCACUAAACAAGAUGCUAACAAAGCCUCAUCGUCUUCUACAACUGAGAAAUCAGCUUGCUGCAGUUAUGUUUAGUAGUUCCAUGGACCUGUUCCUGAUCUCUUAUCGACUUUAAUCUUCUUUGCAUCCUUCAGAGAUCGUCCUAAGUUCUUAUUGUUAUUGUUACUUAGGGAGAGAGACUUCAUUGAUGGGCUGUGAUCUUAUGUCUAUUUUGCUAUCUCCAUGGCCAAACACUGGAAAUGGUAGACAAUUUUUAAGAGUUCAAAGACCUUGAAUUAGUGCAAUGCAGGUGUUGUGGUGUGUAUAAGUAAUCUACGUUUUCAAACGUUCGAAAUAAGAGAUUUCUCCUUGCA